UUGGAUGCUUGGCUUUUGCGGAUCUAACAAAUUUUUCAACUGGCAUAUUAUGAAAAUUUAAUCGAACUUUGCUUUCAAAAAAUAGAACAAAUAAACUUAACGUAUGAUGUAGGAUUCUGUCAUCGCGACAGAGUAACAAGUUUCGACCGCCGUUUUUUCAAAAGGGAUGGAAUUUAAUACGAAACAUCGAAAAUUAUCAAAAAGCAAAAAUUCCGUUCGUAUUCCUUCAUCUACUAAGCCCCGUCUAUCGAAAAAAAGAAUUGUAACUCGCAAAAGAAAAUGUGUUUGCCUCCCUGAAAAUUAUUCGGUUGUAGAAUUUCCGGCAAUAUGGAAUGAGCUAAGGCAGAAUGGCCAACUUUGUGAUGGAACAAUCCUAUGUAUGGAUAAAAUCUCUAUUGAAAUACAUCGGGCUAUACUUUCAGCGGUCAGUCCCUAUUUUAAAGCCAUAUUUGUAAAUUCCUUGAAAAAAGGAGAGCCAGAAGAAAGAGAAAUAGUCGUUGAUGUUCCUUCUUACUAUAUGGGCUUGAUUCUUGACUAUGCCUACUCAGGAACAUGUACAGUUACUGCCGAAAAUGUUGAAUAUUUACUCCCUUAUGCUGACCAGUUCGAUGUAGUCGGAGUCAUCCAACUAUGCUGCCAAUUUCUUCUACAAGAGUUGCGUCCACAUAAUUGUCUUGGAAUAUUUAAGUUCGCUAGGUGCUACUUUUGUAGUGAAUUGGAAACAAAAGGCAAACUGUACAUAAGACAAAAUUUUGCCAGGAUUCUAAAAGAAUGUAGCGAAUUUAAAUCUCUGUCUUAUGAAGAAUUAGAGGAUGUAUUGAGAGAUGACGAAUUAAACGUUAAAAAUGAAGAAAUUGUAUUCCAAGCGGUGAAGACGUGGGUAGAGCAUGAUUUGGAGAAUAGAAGAAAAUAUAUUCCGUCUCUAUUAUCCUGUGUGCGAUAUGGACACAUAAGCUUUAAAUAUUUUAAGGCCAAAAUUUUACAGUGGCAACCUGUGAUCGAUGAUGCGAAAUGUCAAGAAGCAUUAUAUCCAGCUGUAGUUUUCCUUACGGUUCUGGACUCCAGGCCCGAGACAGAAGCAGAUCUUAACGAUCCUUUAGCUAGACCUCGAAUACCUUACGAAAUACUUUUCGCAGUAGGAGGUUGGAGUGCUGGGAGUCCUACAAGUUUUGUUGAAACAUAUGACACACGCGCCGACCGAUGGUUUCUCUCUAUUCACAUGGAUCUCUCGCCUCGAGCGUACCACGGCUUGUGUACCUUGAACAAUUUGAUCUACAUGAUCGGCGGAUUUGAUGGCAGCGACCACUUUAACACUGUUAGAUGUUACGAUCCCGUCAUUAAUACUUGGCACGAAAGAGCUUGCAUGUAUCAAGCGAGGUGCUAUGUUAGUGUGGUUGUCCACGACGGACUGAUCUACGCGCUCGGUGGUUACAAUGGUCGCACGCGCAUGGCAUCCGUUGAACGCUACUAUCCAGAUAAGAACCAGUGGGAGAUGACUACUCCCAUGAAUAAACAGCGCUCUGAUGCCAGUGCUGCUUCACUUUGUGGAAAGAUAUACAUAGUUGGCGGAUUCAACGGGCAAGAAGUGUUGAGUUCGGCGGAAGUUUUUGAUCCGGACACAAAGCAGUGGAGUUUCAUUCGGUCGAUGAUCAGUCCGCGAUCCGGAGUCAGCCUUAUUGCUUAUCGAGACUGUCUUUAUGCGCUGGGAGGGUUUAAUGGUUACAGCCGGCUUAAUACGGGGGAACGAUUUUGUCCACACCGCGGCAGCGAAUGGCAGGAAGUGACCGAAAUGUUCAGUGCAAGAAGCAAUUUUGCUACGGUACUACUGGAUGACAUGAUCUUCGUUAUCGGAGGGUUCAAUGGUUCAACCACAAUUCCUCAUGUGGAAUGUUAUGAUGGAGACACACUAGAAUGGUAUGACGCAGCACCUAUGAAUCUCACACGCUCAGCAUUAAGCGCUUGUGUUCUCGUCGGUCUCCCGAACGCUAGAUCUUUCUCGUAUUUGGCCAAAGCAGUGCCAGCCGCCGGGGCAGACCAAGCGAAUCACUCUUGAUGGCUUUUAUCACAAUUUAAAAUUUUCGAAUAAUUUUUCCAUAAGUUUGGGUCACUUAGAAAGUACUCUGAAAACUAAACAUUACUGCCAUGUAUGGUGGACUACAGUUAUCAAUGCUAAAUUAGGAAAAUUAUACUGGCAUCAGUACAUUUUAUAGUUAGAUCUAUGCAAUCCGUCAUUCAUGUGAAUUAAUUUUUCGCUAUGAGAGACGUUG